GGUGAUUGGCACGUGAAGGUUCCAAGAUGCUUCGAAGUCGCCGGGUGCUGCAAAAUCCGCUUCUGCUGGCCCGUCCGCGCCUCGCUGCAAGCGUACACGUCAUCUCAGAUCUUAGCGCGAUGGAAGUGACCCGCCACAACUUCAGCGCCGCCCUCGCCGAGGUCGAGGCCCAGCUGCGCCUGCCCUCGUGCCAGUACGCGGCCAUUGACACGGAGUUUACGGGCCUCACGCCCCACGAGAAGACGAGAGAGAAGGUCAUCGACACGCUCGAGGAGCGGUAUGCCAAGGUCCGCGCGUCGGGCGAGAACUUUCUCAUCACGCAGUUUGGCCUCGCGCUCGUCCACGUCGAGGACGACAAGACGUGGAUCAAGUGCUUCAACUUUUACGUGUUUCCGCGGCCGUACGCCAACAUGGACACGCGCUUCUUGUGCCAAGCAUCGUCGAUCCAGUUCAUGUCGGAGCAUGGCUUUGACUUUAACAAGUUCAUCCGCGAUGGCAUCCCGUACAUGACGCGGUCCAACGAAGCCUAUGUGCGCAAGAACCACGCGCGCAGCCUCAAGAACGUGACCAAGUCGCCGCCAUCGAAAGUGAGCGUCACCAAGCGCUUUGACCAAGACUUCCUCAAGGAGACGAUCGCCACGAUUGAGGCGUGGAUCACGGCGCCGCCGUCCGACGACAACAAGGAGCUUUUCCUGCCCGCGCGCAACUCGUUCCGCCGCCUCCUCAUCUUCCACGCGGCCAAGUAUGGCAUCCUCUCGAAAUUCGCCGACAUGAUUUACACCGAGUCGACGGGCGACGGCGUCCUCCUCGUCCGCGCCGACCAGUCGGAGCGCGAGAACCGGCUCAAGCGCAAAAUCGACACGAUGAACCAAGAGGUCGAGGACGCCGUCGGCUUCUCCAAGGUCAUCCAGCUCCUCUCGGAUGCGAAGAAGCCCAUCAUUGGCCACAACUGCCUCCUCGAUUUCGUGUACUUGUACCAUCAGUUCUGCGCCCCCUUGCCGGCGACGCUCUGCGAGUUCAAGUCGGAGCUCCAGACGCACUUUCCGACGGUCUAUGAUACCAAGCACAUGGCGCUCACGAGUCCGCUCCGCGAGUCGUUCGAGUCGACAUCGCUCUCGGCCGUCUUUGAGAAGAUGCGCGAUACGCUGCAGCCCGACGUCGCGUCGCUCAUCACGGACGGCGCCGCGGACCCGUACCACGCGGCGCUGACUAAGUCGGACGAUGGAAAGAACAUGCCGUGCCACGAAGCCGGCUUUGACGCACUCAUGACGGCCAUCGCGUACCUCGGUUUCACGUCAGCGAGCGCCAACAAGUGGUCGCUCGAGUCGCUGCCGCUGGCGGCCGAUGCCACCGACCUCGCGCCGUACAAGAACCGCAUCAACCUUAUGGUGCUCGAGCAAGGUGCCUUUCUGGACCUGCAGGAUGUCGACCAAGAGCUUGACCGCCGCCACGUGUACGUCGUCACGCACCCGACGAGCCUGGCCUCGGUCAAGAUGGAAGAGCUCUUCCCGGACGUCGAGAUUGCGCGCGUCUAUCGCGAAAAUGACCGCGAAGUGUACGUCUUCUUGACGCAGCCGCUCGAAGCGGUGCCGACGGCCAAGGACGAGACCGUGGCGAUCACGACGUUCCCGCUGUUCAAGGAAGCCCGCACCGCGGCCAAGGCGUCGACGAAUACGACGAUCGAGGCCAAGGACGCGCCGGCGCCGGCGUCGUGGUGCACGAUCAGCUAAGAUGUAAUGAUAUCGACCGAUGAAAGACGCGA